AUGUCUUACUACGAGCAGUGCAAGCAGCCCUGCCUGCCCCCUCCCAUUUGUGUGCAGAAGUACAGCAAGUGCGUGGAGCCCUGCAAGACGGUCUGCGCGGAGCCCUGCGACAGCAUCUGCGUGAAGCCGUGCCCCACGCAGUGUGUGGAGGUCUGCCCCACUCCCUGUGCCACCCAGUGCACCACCCAGUGUGUUGAGCCCUGUCCCACCCAGUGCACCACGUCCUGUGCCACCCAGUGUGUUGAGCCCUGUCCCACCCAGUGCACCACGUCCUGCAGCACCCAAUGCUCCGAGCCCUGCAGCGUCCAGUGCGUUGAGGUGUGUCCCCAGGAAUGUGUCGAUUCCUGCAUCAAGCCGUGUGCCACUCAGUGCCCAACCCAGUGCCCAGCUCCGUGUGUAGAGCCCUGUGUCACCGAGUGCUCCACCAAAUGCGUGGAUGUGUGUAGCACCAAGUGUGUGGAGUCGUGCGAGACGGUGUGUCUGGAGCCCUGCAGCACCGGCUGCUCUCGCCCAUGCUGA